CAGCCGCCACGUCCGUCAGUCAUGUAUCUGUCAUCUCACUUCUUCGUUCUUUUACAAUAUCUCUAUUUAGUUUGUGGUUCAUUUACACUUAAUUUCCGUAGUUAGUUCAUAAUCUUAACUCGUUCUCAAUAGUUAUCGUGGUCACUGACUGACCAUUUAUUGAAUUUAUCAACAAUAUUCUUAGGAUUCAUCCAAACCGUGUCACCCUAAAGAUUUAAAAUAUCAAGUGGUGGAUAUGGAUUCCAGAGCCGCAAAACUAGCUUUAGCUCGAAAGAAGUUGAAGGAUCACCAAGGAAAAAAAGUUACAACUACUCAGAAAACUGACCUAUCUAUUAUAGCCUCUGAAGAAAUUCAAUAUGAUGCAGGCCAAACAAUAAUCAAUAAUUAUGCAGAAAAAAGUGCUCAUGAUGAAAGUUCUGCACAUGCAAAAAAUGAGUUAGGCAAUCAAAAUGUGUAUGAUGGAAAUGAGGAUACUAAGAGAGAUAUAAAUGUUACAGAAAUUCUUAUUUCUAACAAAAGAAAUUUAGAACUCCAAAUUGCAGAAUUACAAGUAAAGUUUGAACAAUUAGAAAAGGAACAUAUACAAACUAUGCAAAGUUUAAAUCUAUCAGAAAAACAAAUCCAUAGAUUAGAAACUGAGCUUAAAGCUCAUUAUGAUAAUAACAUGUCUGUCAAAAAAGAGCUGCAAGAGAAAGAAAAUUUGAUAAAUGAAUUAAGUGACAUCAAGAUGUCUUACUUGGAGCACAAUAAUCAUAUGACUGAACAAUUGGAAGUUACUAAAACCAUGCUAACUGCUAAAGAAAAUGAGAAUGCAUCUCUAGUUAGUAAAUUAAAUCAGGUUGAGAAUCAACUAGAUGGAAUGAAACUGCAAUUACAACAAUUGACAAAUGGUUCAUCAAUAAAAGUGUCUCAAAAUGGUAAUGAUAUCUCAGAAGUAAAUGAAGUGUUGCUUCAGAAAAUUUCACUAUUUGAACAACAACUUAAAUCAUCACAAAAAGAGAGGGAUCAGAUUAACAUUCAUUAUGAACAUUAUGUGGCAGAACUAAAUGAACAAUUAAAAUUAGUUAUGAAACAAAAUGAAGAAAUGAGUAGAGAAAUCCAAGCUCUUUCUUCUAGAGAGUCCAGUCUAGUAGAACAGAUCAGUGAUAUGGAGAUACGAUUACAAAAUUUUAGUGAAAUGAAACGAUAUGUUGAGGUGGAUUCUAACAAAACUGUACAUGAUAUAGAAUUGGAACAAAACUAUAAAAAUAUUCAAGAAAGAUUUCAACAACUUCUUGUCCAGUAUGAAGAAAUAAAACAAAAAUAUUUUGCAAGUGAAGCCAGAGUGAAAGAACUAUCUGAAAUUAAAGAAUCUGAAAACAAGCAAGACGAUAUAAGUUUAUCUAAAUUACAAGCCGACAUGACUAGCGACAAGAUUGCAGCACAACGAGCAACAGAGCAAAACAAGAAACUGAAAAAAGACAUGCAGGAACUCGAAGAAGCUUACGUCAAAAUGACCAAGGACAAAUUAGAGUUAACAGAAAAGAUUGCGGCAGAAAAAUUCUUGAAUAGAGAACUAACAAUAAAAUUAGCAGAUAUUGAAGAAAAAGCAAAAGAUAUGAAUAUUAAGAUAAUGGCCAAAGAUGAAGAAAUGAUACGUCUGCAGAAUAAUUUUCGCUCUACCGAAAAACAAUUAGAACAAUUAACAAAAGAAAUAAAAGAAAAAGAAUUCAAGAAAAACGAAGAACGCCAGGAAAAUUUAAUGGUUGAACGACAAGAUUCUGAUAUGCAAACAGAAAUCAAUAACAGAGAAAACAAACAUAUCCUGUUCGAAAAUGAAAAAAAAUUAAGUGACGCAAACAGCGAAAACGAAUCUUUGAUUAUAAAAAAUGAUGAAGCAAUGUCGAAAUUACAAGAACGAUUUUUAAAAAUUAUGGGUGAGGUCGCUGAUCUAUCGGAUGAGAAACAUAGACUAGAACAUAUAAUUCUUCAGCUACAAAAUGAAACUGACACUAUUUGCGAAUAUGUUGCUCUGUACCAACAGCAACGUAGUUUAUUAAAAAAACGUGAUGAAGAAAGAAAUACACAAAUAAAAAUAUUCCAAGAAGCAUGCAGGAAGCUUCAAAAUCAAAUAAAAGAGCUAAGUAAUCUACUAGUAAGAUUCGCCGAAGAUCAAGAAUUAUCAAAGUACUUCUUAAACGAGUCCAGAAAAAGUGACCUUGAAAAGGUCAUGUAUUUAAUUUCAAAUCUACAAAGCAAUUAUCUGAUUGAUCCCAAUCUCAUAAAUACGGAUUUGAAGAAUUUUUAUCCCUGUAGUUGUUGUUCUGGGAAACUAAUAGAAGUUUAAUUACAGUUAUUUUGGAAUUUAAUGUACAGUUUAUUUAUAAAGUAGGUACUCGAGUGACCGAGCGGUGCUUGGUGGAUGUCAGAAAAACCAUAAAAAAACAAAAAAGUGUGUGAUGACUUUUUUUAUAUUACCAAAAAAAUCCUUAAAUUUAAGAGCUAACUCUCCAUAUAAUGUCAAACUCAAGUACUGCGGUACAGAGCAAAUAGAGAAAGCACUGUACUAUGUUCCGUUAAAUGGAGCUACUUAAUACAUACAUAGAAAAAAAUUUAAAACAAAAAUCAGUGGACGUCACAAAAACCAUAAAAAUAAAAUACAAAUAUAUACAUAUAUAUGAAACCACCAAAAACAUAAGAAUACCAAAAAAACAGCUCAAGUGCGAGUCAGACUCGUGCACGAUGGGUUCCGUAAUUAUUUAUACUGCUGGGUAGGUACUCAAAUAUUAUUUUUUUGUAUUCACGUUUCUACCUGUUUAUUAUAAUAGACCAAAAAAUUGCUUAAAAAUAACAUUUGUUGAAUGGGUGCCUCCUUUAAUAAUUAUGUACCUUCCCUCUCAUCUCUUCGGGUUCCCGGUUGCACCCUCCACAGAAGUGAUUCGGGGCCCGGGGUCCGCCUUCCGACUUUUCUCUCUACUUGGUCCGGAUAUCGGCGCCCUUGGAUUUCAUUCCAUGGGCUUUUGCGACGUCCAGCCAUAAUCUUUUCGACCUGCCCCUUCUACCUGGGCCUGGCGAUAGCGGCAUGGCCAUACAUAAUAUGUACGGAAAACGGCAGACUACUUGGGGAACAUAUGUUUUAUAUAUGUUCCCCAAGUAGUCUGCCGUUUUCCGCAAGACAUGACCGUACCAGCGUAGGCGGCUCUGCUAACAUGAAAGUCACAUUCCGCGGAUAUGGGAGUUCCUCACGCGGUCCUACCGUGGGGAUCUACACAUCCAGCGCAGCAUAUUCACUGACAGAGAGAGUAUCACCAACAGUGGUCCAGACUAAAGAACCGGAGUGGCGAUACAUAUUAAUAAUAGGCUAUUACACUCUUUUUUGAAAACUGUUUUAAAUCAAUCCUUAGACUGUGUUAUACCUAUAGAAUUUUUAUUAAAAUUUUUUGAAGCCGAAAAGUGCUCUAAAAACGAUUUAUUAUUUAUGAUUUUGUAUUUUCGCGCGAAAACGCCAUCCGCCAUGCUGUUUUGACUCGUGACGUCAUACUUUUAGUAAACAAUACGGCUCUAAGUACGUAAGACUAAAGUAAAAAGAUUUUUGUAUUGUAAUGAAUUACAAUACAUAUUGUUGGUGUCUUGUUUCUGAAUGCAAGAAUACAAGUAUGAAAACACCAGAAAAAUUGUGGAUUCCACUGCCAAGUGAUAUUAAAAUGAGAAACACUUGGUUGAAAUUAGCAAGAAGAGAUCCAAAGGCAUUGUCUACAAAAUCAAGAUUGUAUUUCUGUGAAGACCACUUUGAUGUAAGUUAGCAUUCAUUGUAAAUAGUAAAGUAACCACAAGUCAUGUUAAUAUAACACCAACAACCUUUGAGUACUUUUAGGUUAUGUUAUGAACCUAUGAUGCGAGUUGAUUUCAUAUUAUAUACUUAUUUCAUGUUUUAGCUCGAAAACGAUAUGAAGAAUUAUACAGAAUUAUACCCAAAAACGUGAUAGAAAUUUUAAAAUUUCAAAAUAAACAGAGCCUGACAUCAUCAAUAUGUUUUCGAUUCGAUAUUUGUUUACUAAAAGUAUGACGUCACGUCAGUACCCAACAUGAUGGAUAGCGUUUUCGACUUUUGAAGAACAGAUUAAAAAAGAGGAUUUUUUAAAUUGAAUUAUAAAAUCCAUAUUGCACUUUUAUGAAUAAUAAUCGAUGUUUUUCUUUUAUUUUUUACAAAAUCUAUAAGAUACGUGCAUUUUUAUAUUUUUUUUUACAUGGUGUAAAAUAGCCUAUUGUGUACCUUAUUGUUAUUUAAUUAUUUAUUUACAUACAUACAUACAUACGUAAAAUCACGCCUCUUUCCCGGAGGGGUAGGCAGAGACUACCUCUUUCCACUUGCCACGAUCUAUGCAUACUUCCUUCGCUUCAUCCACAUCUAAUUAUUUAUUUAGAAAGGUAAUAUACAAACUAGUUAAUAUUCUGUGAACAUUUUAAAGUAAAAUGGUGGCUAGUGAUAAUUUCGCUAUGAAAUUCCCUCUGAUGGCUCAGUUAGCGAGUGAUUCGACUUUUAAGUUAGUCCCUGGCAACAUACUGUUUUAGUUUUUAGCAUUAACAUUUCUGGUGGUUUCUAUUGAUUUUUUUUUUAUUUAUACUAUUUUUAUAAUUUUUGUGACUUCUUUGUUUUUGCUAAUUUUUAUGGUUUUUCUGAUAUUCUUGGUAUUUUUUUUAUUUAUUCUGACAUCCAUCGAGUACAGCUCGGUCAUACCCAGGUACUAUAGUUAUACACAAAUAUUGCUCGUGUAAAGUAUAAGAUGUAUGUAAAGCUUUUAUUUACUAGUAAGUUUGAAUCACAUGCCCAACCUUUGAAAUGUUAUUUGUAGAUCAUACUAUUCCAUGCACCAGUGACUGACAUACUUAUCUGGGUAUUUGUAUUUGCAUCAAAUCCAGCAGUUUUCACUGAUGCGCAUAGGCUAUUUGACAAAGUUCUAAAAACUGUUUUAGGGUAGUUAUUUGUUUAUAAGGAGCCCUAAAAAAACACUUUUCUGUCUUUAUUUAAGCUAUUUUAUAAAAAAAUCUAAAAAGAAAAUGCAAUAUUAAAAUAUGCCGCCAAAACGCGACUUUUAACUAUAUGGCGGCCAUGGCAUGCAGUGACGUAAAUUUCGCAUAAAUAUCAUACAGAGCUUGUUGGUGUUCCGAAUAGUUUUGAUUUUCUCGUUUUAUUUAACUUGUGCCAUGUCAUAUGUUUGAAAAUUAUUAAAAUGAGUUUCUAUAAAUGUUGUGCAGUACCUCAAUGCACUAAUACAACAAUAAAAACUCCUACGAAACUGUUUUUUUCUGUGCCGAUGGAUUUGAAUAUUCGCAAGAAGUGGUUUCAGCUUGCUCGGCGUAAUGCUGAUGAUGAUAUAUCACCAAAACACGUCCUCAUUUUUGUGAAGACCACUUUGAUGUGAGUAUUUACGAUGAUAAGUUCUUAUUAAUCGGCAGCAUAAAAAUCUGGAUUGUCUUUGAAGUAGACGCCAACCAUUAUUGCGUCCACUUUUGGUAGGUUUCGACUGUCAGCUUUCUCGAAAUUGGUUUCCAUUAUUAAAUACCUAUGUUAUCUGAGCGAUAAAACACUUAUAAAAUCUUGAAAAAUAAUAGCGAACACCAAGGAACGGUGCGAUCCACAGUCUGUUUAUGCGUAAUUAACGUCAUAAUAGAAAUAGCCAAUCACGGUCGUUUUUAGUCACGUGACAGCUGCAUAAAAAAAACCCUAAUUUUCGGAGACGGAUUUUGUUAAAAUAAUGCAAUAUUUUUAUCUCGCUUAUUACAAAUCGCUCUAAAAAAUAAUAUUAAGACUGAUGACAUAAAAGAAAUGUAUAUUUUUAUUACAGUCAAAUAGCCUAUUUAAAAGUUUGCCAACACAAAUAUAUAAUGUCCUGGAAAGAAAGUUACCGGGGGUAAUUUAAUAAUGCAAUUUUUGGUUGAAAUAAAAUUUAAAUAUUGUUA